CAAUUUCCAUCGGGCGUUCCCUCCCAGAAUCACAUCUAUACAUGUCAUCGGGAUGCUUUCGCGAUUGCUGCCGGCUAAGCCUGGCUGAGACUCCAUCCAGUCGGCGUCAAGCUUCGCGAAUCUGACAGACUGUUCCAUCCCUUCCGAUGACACUCUCUGGCGGCGUUGGCUGCGACAACUUGAGCUCUUAAUCGAGAGCAUUCCAUAUCGGCGCCAUCGCUCGGUUAUGAUCCGCAAGUCUCUCUCUGCACGUGGAAUGUAUUCUCGGUCCCUCUCAUCAGCUGUACAGGAAUUCUUGGAAAUUCCGAGCACGGGAGGGGAUUCUCAUUCAAAGUCGGUUCGGGGUGUCUUCUCUGAUCUCUACUGCCCGCAGGUCGUAACUGGAGACGCUUUUUCUUUCCAGGAGGGCAGGAGCUUUAUGACUUUCGAAGGCGAGCAGCACUUCGGUCGAACCAAAAUCAUGGAAAAGUUCCAAGCGCUGACGUUUCAGAAAAUCUGUCACGUUAUAACUGCUACCGACUGCCAACCAAUGUUCGAUGGAGGCAUAAUGAUUGUAGUUUUAGGGCAAUUAAAGACCGAUGAUGAUCCCCCGCAUUCGUUUUACCAAGUUUUCGUUUUGAAACCUAUCGGUGACUCUUUCUACCUGGAACACGACAUUUUCCGAUUGGCUCUCCAUCAUUCAGCCUAAGCGAGCGAGUGACUGUUGUCGGAAUGAUUCGAAACGUCAGCAACCCUAUCCGUUUCCUAUUCUCCCUCGUUAGCGGCCGGAACUGAGUUCCGACGCGAGUCGUGAAGAGUGUAAAUAAUUAUUUCAAGUCACCGGCGUGGAUGAUUCACCUCAACAUCUUCCCCAGAAUACCCUCGGUAGCCGAUUUUGUAAAAACGGAAGAAUAAGCAAACGGAGCGUUUGUAAUAAAAGAGAAACAGAUCAAUUACUGAA